UGUGGCGCGGCCGGCGGGAGAGGUGGGAUUCCUGGUCUGCUUCUCCUCCGGAGACUGGGGAGACGGGGAUAGCCUUAGUGAUACCCGGGAGGCCGCUGGGACCGCACGGAGAAGCGCGUUGUUGUCAAGUGUGUACUGGCCGGGACUGGAGGCGCCUCUUCCUUGUGCGCAACGCAGUGGCGUCAGGCGCUUUGUCUGCAUCCCAGGCGGGGCACCAGCGUAUACAUGUGUCAGCUGUAGACUUCUUACAACAGGUUGGGACAAACUGAAUAAGGAGGAGGGCGGGGCAUUUGGCCCUGUCCUCCUCCUCUCCGGAGUGCAGCCUCUUGUGUCUUCGGACCCCCACCCCGAGAGAGUGUAUGUUGGUUUGUCAUGAGUCCGGCCGGCUGCUCCCAUGUGAACAGCUUUAAAGUGGACAAUUGGAAGCAGAACCUGCGUGUUAUUUACCAGUGCUUUGUUUGGAGCGGGACGCCGGACACCCGUAAAAGAAAGGCCAAGUCGUGCACUUGUCAUAUGUGUGGCGCCUCCCUGAACAGGCUUCACUCUUGCUUGUACUGUGUGUUCUUUGGUUGCUUCACGAAGAAACAUAUUCACGAGCACGCUAAAGUUAAGAGACAUAAUCUAGCCAUAGAUUUGUUGUAUGGGGGUAUAUACUGCUUUAUGUGUCAAGACUACAUAUAUGAUAAAGACAUGGAGCAAGUUGCCAAAGAAGAACAAAGAAAGGCUUGGAAAUUGCAAGCUUUUGCUCCAUCCUUGGUAUCUCCUUACCAGUAUGCAAUGACAGGUGUUGGAGAAAAGUAUUCAACCUGGGAACCGACAAAGAGGGAGCUAGAGCUGUUACGACAUAACCCCAAGAGAAGGAAAAUAACCACAAACUGCACCAUUGGUUUGCGAGGUUUAAUAAAUCUUGGGAACACAUGUUUUAUGAACUGUAUUGUCCAGGCACUUACCCACACUCCUCUGCUACGAGACUUCUUCCUCUCUGACCGUCACAAAUGUGAAAUGCAAAGCCCAAACUCGUGCUUGGUUUGUGAAAUGUCCACACUCUUUCAGGAGUUUUACUCUGGGCACCGUUCUCCACACAUUCCCUAUAGGCUACUGCACCUAGUAUGGACACAUGCACGGCAUUUAGCAGGGUACGAGCAACAGGAUGCACAUGAAUUUCUAAUUGCUGCAUUAGAUGUACUGCACAGACAUUGCAAAGGUGAUGACAAUGGUAAAAAGGCCAAUAAUCCGAACCACUGUAACUGCAUUAUAGACCAAAUUUUCACAGGAGGCCUCCAGUCUGAUGUGACAUGUCAAGUGUGCCAUGGUGUUUCUACAACGAUAGAUCCGUUUUGGGACAUCAGCCUGGAUUUGCCUGGUUCUUCCAGCCCUUUUUGGCCUCUGAGUCCAGGAAGUGAUAGUGGUGUUGUGAAUGGGGAAAGUCAUGCGUCUGGAACGACAACACUAACAGAUUGUCUGAGAAGGUUUACGCGGCCAGAGCAUCUGGGAAGUAGUGCCAAAAUCAAAUGCAGUGGUUGCCAUAGUUACCAAGAGUCUACUAAGCAGCUCACUAUGAAAAAACUGCCUAUUGUGGCUUGUUUUCAUCUCAAACGGUUUGAACAUUCGGCUAAACUAAGGCGGAAGAUUACGACUUAUGUGUCAUUCCCCUUGGAGUUAGAUAUGACACCAUUUAUGGCCUCCAGCAAGGAAAGCAGAAUGAAUGGUCAGUAUCAACAGCCUCAAGACAGUUUAAAUAAUGACAAUAAGUAUUCCUUGUUUGCAGUAGUUAAUCACCAGGGAACUUUGGAGAGCGGGCAUUACACUAGCUUCAUCAGACAACACAAGGACCAGUGGUUUAAGUGUGAUGAUGCAAUUAUUACCAAGGCUAGCAUUAAAGAUGUUCUAGAUAGCGAAGGGUAUUUGCUUUUUUAUCACAAGCAGUUUCUGGAGUAUGAGUAAUCAUAUCUGCGUUUGUCUAAAAUGUGAAUAAAAGUAAAUCCAAGCAAGACUUCUCCGACAACACACAGACCUACCUGAAUUUUUCAGACAAAGCCGACAUUAGACGGGAGCAAUGCCGGUGUCGCAUCUGCCCAUUGACUCUUGAACGGGUGGAAGAACUUAAAAGUUGCAGCACACAAAAUGGGAGAUCUAAACAGGAAAGGGGCAGAGGGAUAAUUUAAGUCUGGUACUAAACAUCUCUCAUCGUGCUUCUGAGAUAAUGUAUGGGAAGGCUGGGUAAGGGAGGGGGGAGGAAACAUCUCCAGAUACCAUCACUAAAACAUCCUCUCCAUUUGGUGCUUGAGUUGCAUCUGACCAAACUUGGCAGUUAUUAUAGAGGAAGGCCAUCUGUUGAUGCACGUUGGACUAAAAGCUUAAGAAGAGCCACCAGGUUGGUAUCUACAGAUUAAGGUUGAAAAAGGCAUAAAGAGUAUUUUGCAAGUAUCUCUAUUUGUGAUUUUAGUUAUGAAAUAAAUACAGUAUGAAACUA